AUGACUGUGGAACAAGUGGAGGCCUUGAUGAGCUACACUGAACACAAUGGCUUCCCAGUGGUUGUGUCAAAGGAGUCUCAGUACCUUGUUGGUUUUGUUUUACGCAGAGAUAUCAUCUUAGCCAUUGCCAGUGCACGGAAGAGAUCCGAGGGUGUUGUGAGCAGUUCAGUCAUCUACUUCACCAGUAGCAUUCCUAUCAAUCAUCAAGGACCAGCUCCACUGAAACUUUACAAGAUUCUAGACAUGGCCCCAGUGACCAUCACUGACCAGACACCAAUGGAGAUUGUGGUUGAAAUGUUCCGAAAGUUGGGUAUCCGACAGACACUAGUUACACACAAGGGCCGCCUGUUGGGAAUCAUCACCAAAAAGGAUGUACUAAGGCAUAUAGCUCAGCUACAAAAUCAGGACCCAGAUUCUAUACUUUUCAACUAA